GUUUAGUUUACUCAACUAACACACGUGCUGGCUUUUUACUAAUAAACAUUAAAGAAUUACCGUUUAUUAUGAGUAACAAACUGUUUGAUGGCUCCGACGAUGAUGCGGACGAUCUACAAUUAUCAACUAAUCAGGACUAUGCCAACUCGUAUAAUGUUUUGCGCAAAAAGGAGCUGUUACAGAAGUAUAAGGAUCGGGGUCUAGAUAUCUCAGAGUCAGAGCUGGAUAGCGAUAGCGAGUCCUCUGAUGAAGAUGAGGUGGAUGUUAAGUUUGAUCAAGAGUUUUUCAAAACUCUUGCUUCGCUGAAAAGCAAAGAUCCUCGCAUAUACGACAAGGAAACACGUUUCUUCAAUGAAAAGGCGGACAGCGACAGCGACGACGAUGAAGAUGCACCCAAAAAGAAAUCCAGCAAGAGUAAACCGGUAACCUUGAAAGAUUACGAGCGUAAGGUUAUCUUGGAACACAACGGAAAAUUUGAGAGCUCGGACGAUGAGGCACUGACGGAAAAACAAUUCGAGCGGGCGCAGUCGCCCACAGCCGUGGAAGAGGAGAGACGUCUCAAGGCAGAGUUCAAGAGCGUUAUGAACCGUGAAGAUGAUGACGAAGAAGAUGAGGAAUUUGGUGGCAUCUUUAAGAAGCGCACCAAAACUCAGGCGCAAACCGAUGCUGAGGAGGCAGACUUUGCUAAAUGGCUGGCCGGCAAGCAGGCGGAUGCAGAGAUCGACGCAAAUGCAAAGCAACAGUUGGCUCCACUCAAGCAAUACUGGAGUAGCAACAAGUUAACUCAAGGAGAGAGUUUUCUGCGUGACUACAUACUCAAUAAGGGCUAUGCCAACACUAAUGAAUCCGAAAUCCCUACCUACGAUGAAAUCGUGGGAGAGAGCGCUCCAUUGUCAGAUGACGAAAAGGAGCUGGAGAAACAGGCAGAGUUUGAGCAAAAAUACAAUUUUCGUUUCGAGGAGCCAGAUGCAGAAUUUAUUAAGCGUUAUCCAAGAACUAUUGAGCAGUCGCUUCGUCGCAAGGACGACACACGUAAGGAAAAACGUAAAGAGAUAAAGCAGCGCAAGGAGCAGGAGAAAUUGCAAAAGAUGAAGGAAUUGGAUUUGAUUAAGGAAAUGAAACGCAAAGAGAUUGAAGAGAAAAUACGCAAGCUAAAAGCAGUUACGGGCAACGAUGAGCUGGGCUUUAAGGAUGAGGAACUGGAGGAGGAUUUCGAUCCGGAAGCACACGAUCGACGCAUGCAGGAAAUUUUCAAUGAUGAGUACUACGAAGUGGAUGAGGGCGAAGAAAAACCUGAGUGUCCUUCAGAUAUUGAAGAAUUGGCAAUUGAGGAUUGGGAUAACUACGAUCCAAAGCAAUACAAUGAGCAAGAUGACGAGGGCCAUUGCGAAGACGAUGACUUUAAUAUGGACUGUGAUUAUGAUCCAGUCACCGCCAAGCAACAACUGCAACAGGAGCUGAUCGAAAAUACGCGGAGUCGAAAAGGUCGCAAGGGACGUCGCAAUCGUUUCAUGGAAAUGAUUCAAGCAGAGAAGCCGCCGUUUAAUCCAGAUGACGAACAGACAUAUGGUGACUAUAUUGAUGAAUACUACAAACUGGACUAUGAGGACAUAGUGGGCGACCAACCUUGUCGAUUCAAGUACGUGGAGACGACGCCGAAUGAUUUUGGUUUAACAAUCGAGGAGAUCUUGUUGGCUAAGAACAAGGAGCUCAACCAAUGGGCUAGUCUUAAGAAGGCUGUGCAAAACCGUCCUGAGCAUGUGGAGAAAAGAGAGCAGCGCUUGUACAAGAUGAAAGCCAAGAACGAGGACCUUAAGCGAAAGAUUUUCAAAAGUUUAUACGGCGAUGGCUCUGAUGAUGAAGAGGAAAGUGGUGCACAAGCUGGAACCGAACUAGUUGUUAAAGCGGACCCCAAUGAGCAGCCUGCUGCGCCAGUUGCAGAACAAGUGCCCACAGAGACACUAUCAAAGUCCAAGCGAAAACGACUAAAAAGAAAAGCGGCAGCUGCAGCUGCAGCGGCAACAACAAGUGCAACAACUCCAGCUCCAGUUAAGAAUGACGAGCAAGAGAGUUCAGAUCUUGUGAAGAAAGAAGACGCAGCAUCUAGUGAAAAACCUGCCAAAAAACAGAAGAUUGAAGAAGUUGAACAGACAAUGAAGACUUCGGAUGAAAGGAAUGGAGCGCCGGCUGCAACCAAUGGGACACCACCAGCAAAGAAGAAGAAGUUCGAAAAACAAAAGCCGCAAAUAGAGAAACAGGUUGCCAACAAGGAAAACUCGAAAAAUCCAUUUGCUAAAAAGCAAAUGCCUAACAAAAAUGAUGCCAAAACAAAUGAUGCAAACAGCAAUCCUUUCAAAAAGCAACAAGCUCCAAGGCCUCCACAAACUCAGAGACCGCAACAAGCCUCAAGGCCUCAAAAAGGUCCAAGGCAAAAACAAGGUCCAGGACAGCAAAAAGCUCAAAGAAAGCAGCAAGCCCCAAGGAAGCAACAAGCUCCAGGACAGCAACCAGCUCAAUCAACAGGCCCAAAUCCGUUCAAGAAGGCAGGCAAUAAAGGCGAGGCACCGCGGUCUAAGCGAGACUUUAAAACCAAAGGCAAAGCGAAUAAUUCUAAUCCUAACGGCAUCAGCGAUGAUCGGCUCAAGGCCUACGGCAUUAAUCCGCGCAAGUUUCACAAUCGGCAAAAGUAUGGAAAGAAAGCGCAGUGAGCAAUCUGUAGAGGAAGA